AUGUUACUCAUACCUAUCCUUUCCGCCGCUUUCUUCGCGGUAACGGCCUUCGCACAACCCGUCACCAACGGCACCAACACAACUUAUGUUGGCCCUGAAAAUGGACACUUGGUGAUAGUCGGCGGCAACCUUCAAAGUGAUAAAAUCUGGGAGCGCAUCAUAUCGCUUGCCGGUGGACCAGACGCACCGAUCGUCGUCGUCCCAACCGCUGGCGGCGAAUCUACAUACGGAGCAAAUUUCUCUGCUGCACUGUCCUUCCGUCGCCUGGGAGCAAAGAAUGUGACCAUUCUUCACACCUACGAUCCAGAGGUCGCAAACACUGAUGAUUUUGUUGCGCCGCUCCUUAAGGCCAAGGGUGUCUAUUUCGGAGGAGGCAGGCAGUGGAGGCUCGUGGAUGCAUAUGCAGGCACCAAGACGGAGAAGGCAUUUCAAGCAGUGCUCGACCGAGGAGGUGUAAUAUCUGGCUCGAGCGCUGGAGCUAGUAUACAAGGCAGUUUCCUUGCCAGAGGGGACACAGCGGGCAAUCAAGCCAUUAUCGGGGAUCACAUCGUUGGAUUUGGAUACCUGAAGAACACGGCCAUUGACCAGCACGUGCUGGUAAGAAAUCGACAAUUUGAUUUGUUCAAUAUCACACGCAAGUACCCAGAUAUUUUGGGAGUGGCCAUCGACGAGGAUACAGCGCUCAUUGUACACCAAAAUGAGGCAGAGGUUUUCGGUAGUACGUACGUGCUGAUAUACGAUGGAGGGUUUUGGUCUCGUGAGGGAAGUGAACUGAAGAACCCACCCGCAGAGAGAUUUUACUUCCUCAGACCGGGCGACAAGUACGACCUAGGGGCGAGGCAGGUCAUUAUCACGAAUGCUACGGGUGGUGGGGAUGAUGAGUAGGAGU